UAACCAUAUCGGAGUUGAAAAUGGGUGGACCUGAGAUGCUGGAAUGGAUUGUUCAAUCAUUUGUCAUGCAUAAAAGGUCUCGCUUGCCAGAAUAUACUUCGCUACAGCUUAAGGAAAAGUUUGUUCAAGGCAGUCAUCCUUGUUUUGCACCAUUAAAGGAAAGAAGUGGAAUGCCAUCCGGGAAUCAAUCUGAAAAGAUUAUCUCUGCAGAUAGAGAGAUACAAGAAAAUAGUGCUAGGAAACCUCUUGCACCAAUUGAAAACUUGUCAAUUGGGAAUCAAUAUGCAAAUGAUAUUUGUAUUGACACUAAAGAGACACAUGAAGAGGGUGCUAUAAUUCCUCCUACACCAAAUGAAAACUUGGUCUCUUCCAGCCAAGGUAAUGGGCACAGUCAGUGCAAAAUUUUACCUGCUAAGAACCUUCUACCUGCCAAGAGGAGCAAGCCUGCUUCUUCAGCUAAUAUUCAGGGAGGGAAGUGCACUGUUGAGCAAACUAUGGCUGAGAAUGCUUGUUAUCCUUGUACUGAGGGCACCAAGAAACACAAACAGGAUGUAAUUUGUCUUGUUGAUAAAAUUGGUGAGCAUAUUGCACAAGACAUUGAAAAAGAAGGGUACAGUUUUGAAAAGGAAUCAACAGCUGGGGACUUACUAGCAAUCGAACCUCCAAAGGAUGAUAACAACAUGCAUACUGCUCUAAAAAACCUCAGAAAGAGCUGUGACAAUAGGCAUGCUGUGCAACUUCAUCAUAGUGACACCGAAGUCCCUCAUGGAACAAAUGCUAAGGAGGAUACCAACAGUUUUCAAAUUAUUUGUGUCAGUGCAGCCAGCGAAGAGACUGCUCAUGAUGUAUUAAGAAAUGAAAAUGGAUUUACGCAACAUUUAAUACAACUGGACUCUCUUUCCAAUGAAGCUGAAGUAAAGUUGCAGCAUUAUCUUUCACAGGAUUCAUCAAAUGGUGGACCCACUAAUGAAGUCAGAGAUAACAUUGAGCAUAAUCCUGAAGCAGAGUCCUGUAGUGAUAGUGAUGGUUAUCACGAAGAGAAGAUUGAAAUAGCUAAAAAGAAGAGUGCUUUCUUGAGCUCACAAUGCACAAAUAGUCCAGAUUCAUUUGCAACUGCUGACUCUAAAGAGCUAAAUCUUUGUGUGAAGUGUAAUAAAGAUGGCAAACUGUUGGUCUGUAGUUCUGAAACCUGUCCAGUAAUGGUCCAUGAUAGCUGUUUGGGCUCUGUUCCCAUCCUAGAUAAGGCAGGAGGAUUUUACUGCCCUUUUUGCGCAUAUUCUCAGGCAAUUUCUAAGUACCUGGAAGUUAAGAAGAAGGUGCCACAUGCAAGGAAUGAUCUGAAGUCCUUUUUUGGAUUGGGAAUCAAACAAUCACCUAAACACUUAUCCCCAAGAUCAGGCAAGUUGAGACAAAACCGGCCACAGCAAGAUGAUGAAUCAUCUGAAAAUGAUGUGACAAUCAGCAAAAGUUCUUCGAACAAGGUCAGCUUCCAAAUAUUCUUAUGCAGUUCAGAAAACCAGACUGAUAGUAUGAUUCAUUCGUACUAA